CUCCUCUGCCUAUGGAAUUCUCCAGGCAAGAAUACUGAAGUGGGUAGCCAUUCCCUUUCUCCAGGGGAUCUUCCCAACCCAGAGAUUGAACCUGGAUCGCCUUCAUUGCAGGUGGAUUCUUUAUUGUCUGAGCCACUAGGAAAGCCUCAACUCUUUGAAUCCUGAGACCCAAGAUGAAACCAGUUCCCACCUCAGACCAGGAAACGGCUUCAGGUGACAUAGGGCCCCGCCCUCCCUUCACUCCUGCCAACAGAGAGACGUCAGCCUUGGCAAGACCUCUGGACACAUCCAUGGGCUGCAGUGGCCAAACUCGCCAUGGAUGGCUUUGAUGAUAAUCACACCUGCACACCUCCGCAGGACCGAGGCGGCACAGCACCCAGGCAAAGAAGAUGUGCAAGUCAGCAUCUGGACUUAAAGGAGGCUGAGAGAGCAGGCAAACGGCAAGCCCAUGCAGCCUUGGACUGUUUUACUCUGAACAGGAAGAACCUGAUAAGGAAAGAAACGUGGAAGAGAAUGCCCAGAUUCCAGUGAAACUAGGGCCCGACCUUUACCAGCUCAUGGACUCACCCCUUCCUCAGUCUAUUUCAGAACAGGCAUGCCUCUGCUCUUUGUACUGGGCUGUGUCUUCUUCCCGCUGAGCUUUGCUGUCCUCUGCUGGGGUCUGCAGAACCAUUCCAACCUGCGGAUGGAGAAACAAGAGGCUGUUUUGGUGGCAUCCAAGCUAGUGUCCUCUGUGCAAGCUGUAAUGGCCUCCACUGCUGGCUACAUCGUCUCCACCUCCUGCAAGCACAUCAUAGAUGACCAACACUGGCUCUCCUCCGCCUACACACAGUUUGCAGUGCCCUACUUCAUCUAUGACAUCUAUGCCAUGUUCCUGUGUCACUGGCACAAGCACCAGGUCAAGGGGCACGGAGGGGACGAAGGCAGCACGAGAGCCCCAGGCAGCACCUGGGCGGUGGCACGUGGUUACCUGCACAAGGAGUUCCUCAUGGUGCUCCACCACGCUGUCAUGGUGCUCGUGUGCUUCCCGCUGUCGGUGGUGUGGCGUCAAGGCAAGGGAGACUUCUUUCUAGGCUGCUUGCUGAUGGCAGAGGUCAGCACCCCCUUCGUCUGCCUUGGCAAGAUUCUUAUCCAGUACAAACAGCAGCACACCCUGCUGCACAAGGUGAACGGGGCCCUGAUGCUGCUCAGCUUCCUUUGCUGCCGGGUGCUGCUCUUCCCCUACCUGUACUGGGCCUACGGGCGGCACGCGGGCCUGCCCCUGCUCGCCGUGCCCCUCGCCCUCCCGGUCCACGUCAACCUGGGCGCCGCGCUGCUCCUCGCCCCGCAGCUCUACUGGUUCUUCCUCAUCUGCCGCGGGGCCUGCCGCCUCUUCCGCCCCCGGGGCUCCCGGCCGCCCUCUCCCUGUCAGACCCAGGACUGAGGGUGGGGCCGAGGGCGGGGGACCCUCCCCACCCCACCCCCAUUCCCACCGCGUGGGAACAGGGCUCUUGGGGCCGCUGGGCUAGGAGUGGGAGCCAGGGGCCUCUGGCCCUGACAGCCCCCCUGGAAACUGACAGAUGGACUCCGACGGGGUGGGGUCACGUCCCUUCAGGGGCUGGGGGCUGGGACCAGGGGAGACAGAAGGCAGGAAGAGGGGACCUCUCCCCACAGUGCCUGAGCCGAGGGGUCGACCCCCUCCUGCAUACCCCUUUCUCCAUCAUGUCCCCUGGGCCCUGGAGAAGCGAAGAGGAAGAAGGCGCACCCCUUCCCAUCUGCUUAGGGCUUUUGAGGCUGUGGGGAGCCUGAGUGGACCAGGACUCAAAGAACUGUGGGGGAGGCCCUGCUGCCAAGGCCAUCCCAUCCCCCCUGCUGCAAACUCCUCUGGGAGGGAGGCGACACCCCCUCUAAUGUCCCUGGUCUGGUCAUCUCCACAGCUUCUCUCCAGGGGAGGCCAGCCUGAGGAAUCUUAUUUAUUUUAUUUAUUUAUUCAAAUUUGUUGGGGUGGGGGGAGGGAGGUGGCUGCUACCCCCCCAGCCUUCCCAGUGCUGAGCAACCCCAGGGGGCAAAUGGGGGAGCGCCCAGCCCCUUCCCUGUUAGGCUGACAUCUUGCCCCUGGGCCCUGGCAUGUCCCUGGUGCUACAGACUUCUUGAGGCUUCCUCCAGUCUGGGGACGGGGGGACCCUGGGAGGUGCUUUACAGACCGCUAAUAAAGACAUCAGCGUGAACGCCA